UCAAGUCCCUUUCCCAAACAUCAACCGACUCCGACAUUCGAUGGUGAUUACCGAUGACGUGGGGGUUCUGUGAUAACUUUCCUGGAAACAGAGACUGUACACCUGGAUGUAGAGGUUGGAGGCCUUUGGACGGAGACACGAUCACCCCUACAUUCGCAUUUAUACUGGCCUUAUUUGCACUGAUCUCCACUUUCAUACUUCGGCUCCGCAGUCUGUCUGCUUCCUCUUUGGGAGCCCUUGAGCAAUUCUAUUACAAUGGGUUACGAGUGUCAACCACUGCUUGAGUAUCGAACUGUGUCAGGUGUGGCAGGACCUCUUGUCAUUUUAGAGAAAGUCAAGGGGCCCAAAUACCAGGAAAUUGUGAAUCUACGUUUGGGCGAUGGAACACGCCGAAGGGGUCAGGUUCUGGAAGUGGAUGGUGAUCGAGCGGUUGUACAGGUUUUUGAGGGGACCUCGGGUAUCGAUAAUAAGCAUACCACCAUAGAGUUCACCGGAGAGGUGCUUAAAACACCAGUGUCGCUGGACAUGCUUGGGCGUAUCUUCAACGGAUCUGGAAAACCUAUUGACAACGGUCCUCCCAUUUUAGCAGAAGCGUAUCUUGAUAUUUCAGGUGCUUCAAUCAACCCUAGUGAGCGGACAUACCCUGAGGAGAUGAUUCAAACUGGAAUAUCUACCAUUGAUGUCAUGAACUCUAUUGCUCGAGGUCAAAAGAUCCCUCUGUUUUCUGCUGCUGGUCUUCCCCACAACGAGAUUGCUGCGCAGAUUUGUCGACAAGCUGGUCUUGUCCAACGGUUGGAGAAAGAAAAGAAUCUCUUGGAGGAUGAACACGGCGAAGACAAUUUCUGUAUUGUUUUUGCAGCUAUGGGAGUUAACAUGGAGACAGCUACCUUCUUCAAACGUGAUUUCGAGGAAAACGGGUCCAUGGAGAGAGUGACACUUUUUCUCAAUUUGGCUAAUGAUCCAACAAUUGAGCGUAUCAUCACUCCUCGAAUUGCACUCACUACUGCUGAAUAUUAUGCUUAUGAGUGUGGGAAGCAUGUGUUGGUCAUACUUACAGAUAUGAGUUCUUACGCAGAUGCGUUGCGAGAGGUGUCUGCUGCUCGUGAAGAAGUACCCGGUCGUCGUGGGUACCCUGGUUAUAUGUACACCGAUCUUGCCACCAUUUAUGAACGUGCUGGACGUAUUGAGGGCCGUAAAGGAUCUAUUACUCAGAUCCCAAUUUUAACUAUGCCCAACGACGAUAUUACCCAUCCCAUUCCCGAUCUCACAGGAUACAUCACCGAAGGUCAGAUAUAUGUAGAUCGACAGCUGCAAAAUAGACAGAUUUAUCCUCCUAUUAAUGUUUUGCCGUCUCUGUCACGGUUGAUGAAGAGUGCUAUUGGACAGGGAAUGACUCGAAAGGAUCAUUCUGAAGUCUCUAACCAGUUGUAUGCUAAUUAUGCCAUUGGAAAGGAUGUUCAAGCAAUGAAGGCUGUCGUUGGAGAGGAAGCUUUGUCUUCAGAAGAUCUGUUAUAUCUCGAAUUUCUUGAUAAGUUCGAGCGCAAGUUUGUGGCGCAAGGUCCUUAUGAUACUCGUGACAUUUUCCAGUCAUUGGACCUUGCCUGGUCAUUGCUUCGUAUUUUCCCUCGAGAGCUUCUUCGCCGUAUACCAGCCAAGACUCUCGAUGAAUUCUACAGCCGGAAUUCAGACCAAUGAAGUGUGGUUUCGUUCUUGGGUAUGCUUCAUUGUACCCAGCAUAUGUGUGUUCCUUAUAUUACAUUGCCUCACCCCGGCGUUGCGCAACAUAUCAAUUCAGUGUCGGCUAUCUUCUUGUGUACAUACAUACUGCAGUUGUGCUGCUACUCUGUUUUAGUCUUGUGCGGCAUCCGACUAAUUUAAAGCGUACGUGGUAAUCCUACGUUUAUUUCUAUCACCAACUGCUUAUAACGAAGUUUGGCAAAUGUCCUGAUGGAAACAAUCUGUUCUGAAAAUACGUGGAGAGUUGAUAUUUUGUAGUCAACAUUGGAGUACCAGAUGUUUCACUGUAUGGUACGAAACGAAGAGACUCUCGUGUCUAAUAACAAAUUGUCCCAGGUUCAAAUUAUCCUGAUCCAUUGAAGUUUGAAUUAGAUUUUUUUUCAAAUCAGUAUAUCAAUGAUUAUGAUCGAAGUAUCCAUAAGGCGUGGAACACUUGUUUUUUUCAAACCGGACGCAUGGCUAGUUUGCUGUAACCUGUUUGAAGUGGGUUUUUAAUUGUGGUCUACCGUAGAUUAAAACUUGUGACGGACAGGCUGAAACCUUUUUGACAAUGAAACUAUCUUACAAAUUCUAGAAUUA